AGAAAUCUUUCUAUUAAGCACGCUGUUCUUGUUUCCUGGAGCAUGGUGCAUGGCUGUUUCCUGUUGCUGCACUGUGGGAUUGGUACAACCACUGUUUUCUCCUCUGUCCACUAGGUGGUUUAGUAAACUCACUACAGCCCAUGUCAAGACAACCACUAUAUCCUCCUCUGUCAACCAGGUGGUUCAGUAAACUCACUGCAGCCCAUGUCAAGACAACCACUAUAUCCUCCUCUGUCAACCAGGUGGUUCAGUAAACUCACUGCAGCCCAUGUCAAGACAACCACUAUAUCCUCCUCUGUCAACCAGGUGGUUCAGUAAAGUCACUGCAGCCCAUGUCAAGACAACCACUAUAUCCUCCUCUGUCAACCAGGUGGUUCAGUAAAGUCACUGCAGCCCAUGUCAAGACAACCACUAUAUCCUCCUCUGUCAACCAGGUGGUUCAGUAAACUCACUGCAGCCCAUGUCAAGACAACCACUAUAUCCUCCUCUGUCAACCAGGUGGUUCAGUAAAGUCACUGCAGCCCAUGUCAAGACAACCACUAUAUCCUCCUCUGUCAACCAGGUGGUUCAGUAAACUCACUGCAGCCCAUGUCAAGACAACCACUAUAUCCUCCUCUGUCAACCAGGUGGUUCAGUAAACUCACUGCAGCCCAUGUCAAGACAACCACUAUAUCCUCCUCUGUCAACCAGGUGGUUCAGUAAACUCACUGCAGCCCAUGUCAAGACAGCCACUAUAUCUUCCUCUGUCAACCAGGUGGUUCAGUAAAAGGUUUAAUGUGUUGCAUAGAAAGUGAGAUAUCAAGACUUCUUUGUCCAUUUUAUGUAACUGUUCUGUUGUGAGCCGUGUAGAGUUGUUGAGUGGGUAGCUGUUUACUUGCACCCUCCAAUGCCCUGGGUUUCCACUCCCCACAUGGGUACAGUGUUCUGUUGUGAGCCGUGUAGAGUUGUUGAGUGGGUAGCUGUUUACUUGCACCCUCCAAUGCCCGGGGUUUCCACUCCCCACAUGGGUACAGUGUUCUGUUGUGAGCCGUGUAGAGUUGUUGAGUGGGUAGCUGUUUACUUGCACCCUCCAAUGCCCGGUGUUUCCACUCCCCACAUGGGUACAGUGUUCUGUUGUGAGCCGUGUAGAGUUGUUGAGUGGGUAGCUGUUUACUUGCACCCUCCAAUGCCCGGGGUUUCCACUCCCCACAUGGGUACAGUGUUCUGUUGUGAGCCGUGUAGAGUUGUUGAGUGGGUAGCUGUUUACUUGCACCCUCCAAUGCCCUGGGUUUCCACUCCCCACAUGGGUACAGUGUUCUGUUGUGAGCCGUGUAGAGUUGUUGAGUGGAUAGCUGUUUACUUGCACCCUCCAAUGCCCCGGGUUUCCACUCCCCACAUGGGUACAGUGUUCUGUUGUGAGCCGUGUAGAGUUGUUGAGUGGGUAGCUGUUUACUUGCACCCUCCAAUGCCCCGGGUUUCCAGUCCCCACAUGGGUACAGUGUUCUGUUGUGAGCCGUGUAGAGUUGUUGAGUGGGUAGCUGUUUACUUGCACCCUCCAAUGCCCGGUGUUUCCAGUCCCCACAUGGGUACAGUGUUCUGUUGUGAGCCGUGUAGAGUUGUUGAGUGGGUAGCUGUUUACUUGCACCCUCCAAUGCCCGGUGUUUCCACUCCCCACAUGGGUACAGUGUUCUGUUGUGAGCCGUGUAGAGUUGUUGAGUGGGUAGCUGUUUACUUGCACCCUCCAAUGCCCGGUGUUUCCACUCCCCACAUGGGUACAGUGUUCUGUUGUGAGCCGUGUAGAGUUGUUGAGUGGGUAGAUGUUUACUCUCCACUGAAAUAUCAUGACCAACAUUGAGGAAGAUGUUUUCCAUAACAAUCUCAUGUCGUUAUGCAUAGAAGAGUUAAGAAGUCAGGAAGUGAGUUAGCAUGUUGAUGAAGUAUAGUUUCUGUUGGGUAGAUUUUUUUAGUUCCUUUGCUUCGCAUGUUUGUGUUUGUUAAAUUGAGCACACCAAAACCCUCACUCACCCCCAGUAGCUUACAUCACUGCCAGUGUCACACACUAUCUAUACAGUGGACCAGCACACCUUACCUUGAGUACACCAAAACCCUCAACCACUCCCAGUAGCUUAAAACCUCUGCCAGUGUCACCCACUAUCUAUACAGUGGACCAGCAUACCUUACAUUGAGUACACCAAAACCCUCAACCACUCCCAGUAGCUUAAAACCUCUGCCAGUGUCACACACUAUCUAUACUGUGGACUUCUUUUUAAAAAAAAGCUACUAUUCUUUUUGAACCCUGUUGGAAGGUUUGUGGUAUCUUCAACAUGGGGCACCUGUUGCCCAGAGGCCUAUGAUGCUGAUAUUUGCUGUAUAGAAUAUUGACCCAGGAUCUGCCAAGAGAGGUUUCUAAUCUCAGAUUAUGAUAUCAUCAUUAGUCUGAUGGCACCAUAUCACCUAUUCCUAUAGGUCCUUGUGAGUUUCACCAAGUGGUAGACGUUUAUGACGUUUGUCUUUGAUGCAGUGAUGUCAUGGAAAUAUUGUUUACAUCAGCAGUAAACAUAGCUCACUGACUCACCAACUUGAACCAGUGAUAUCAAGACGUAUAUGACGAUUGUCAAAACUCCUUGAGGUAAACGUCUAUACACUUGGAACAAAUGGGCCAUGGAGUAUAGUAACCCUUGUUGUGUUUUUAAUUUCAUUCCAAUUGGUUAAAGAUUUCCCUGAAUAAUUUUCAAAUUUCUCUCAUAGAAAUAAAAAUGUGUCUUGAACUGUAAUUUGAUGUUGUUGAACAUUAACACGAUUGGUUUGUAUUUUGCAUGUGUAUUAGUGUUGUUUGCAUGAAUUAUUUUGUUGUUUAUUACUUUAGCCAGUUAUAUUCUGUUCGUAUUAGAAUAACAUGGUGAAUUCUCAUAUCUUCCUUAUCUCACAAACCUCAGUUGCAUUGUAGAAUUUGUAAUCUUGUUUCAAUGUGGUAUUACCGUAGCUCAACUGGCUGGGCUGUUAAUGGCCAGUGUGAAGACAACACUGAUGAGUAAGGUGAACUUUUGACAUAGUGACACCUAUUAACAUCAUAUGGAAUGAAUUGGUGUGGUCUGUUAAAUGAAAAUGAUUCAUCAUAUAUUUACUGUGAUCAGAAGGGUCCAAUACUAUCAGAAGGUCUAUGUAGGAGUGUGGAUUUCUGAUAGUCGGAGCACUAGGAGCACUCGGUGUCCGUGGUGGAUAGUUGCUGCUGAGUUGACCAUGUUGUAACUUGUUCCUUCUUU